CUGGGGCGAGGCUCAUCGUCCAACACCAACAACAGCAUCGACAACAACGUCAACAACAACAACGACAGUUGGACCAGCCUCGACCAGACAGAUGCUAUAGCUGGACAUACAGCAAAAGGUGUAGAGUUUUUGGAGAGAAUAGGUACUUUUGCUAAAGAACGUGCACUAAUAGAGGAGGAGUACGCUGCAAAGUUAAGAACUCUAGCGAAGAAGUCGUUGGGUAGAAAGAAAGAAGAUGAGGAGGCGACUAAGAAUUUCACCUAUGUGCGAUCCUUUGCUAACCUACUUCGCGAACUUGAAUCGCUCGCCGGACAACACGAGGUGAUUGGAGAACGAAUUCGGAAAGAAGUGAUUCCAUACGUAGCUGCAAGGGCUGGAGUACAUCGUACCCAGCGGAAGCAUUGUCUUUCUGAUUUACAAACAAUUCAUGCUAACCUAACUACUGCAAUGGAUCAGCUCUUUAAGGCUCAAAAGCACUAUGGUAAAACUUUCAAAGAAGCCGAGGCGGCAUUUUUGAAGUAUGCAAAGGCCGACAAGAAUAUGGAGAUUUCUCGUCUUGAUUUAGACAAGGCGAAAAAUAAUGCACAGGUAUUUGAAGAAGCAAAACAUGCAUACGCUCAUGCUCUUCAAUGUGCGAAUGAUGCUCAAAGUGCUCAUUAUUCACAACUUCUUCCUGAGGCUUUGGCAAGGAUGAGGGUUGAUUUGGGUCGACCGGACAGCUGCCUCAGCGUUGGCGGAGGUUUCAUCCCCCACAUAGAUGUCACCUUGAAAAGAAGUGUGUUAAGUGGAGGCAAAAAAGAUUCUAAAGGAGUCUCACGCAAGCAGUCGAUGCAUCAGAAGUUCUUUGGAGGUGGCGACAAACAUAAGGUCGAUGGAAACGGUGACUAUGGACAGCUUCCACCACAACAACGAAUUCGCCGAUUACACGCUAAGGUUGCGGAGUUAGAAAAAGAAAGAGAGAAAUGUCAACAAAGUAGAGAAGGCCUCGUAAAAAUGAAACAGGUGUACACGGCUAAUCCAAAAAUGGGCAAUGCUGCUGAUUGUGAAACUCAAUUGUGUCAGUAUGAGAAAGAGAUCGAAUCCAUCAAUCAACAAAUAAAUAAAUUUCGUCUUCUUCUUGAUGAUGUUCAACUGCAGAAUAAUCAACCUCUAGGUGGAAGUGACACUCCACCGUCGGUUCGAUCGGCUAGUUCAAACAGUAGCGUCCCUCCGGCUCGUCCACCUCAACCACAAACAUCGCAGUGUGGUAGUUAUAGUGAAGAAAGCGUAACGAGUAACGAUGGCUGUAACACUGCCAAUCCUAACGCGGCUAAUCAACGGCGCGAUGAAGUAUAUGAAGAAUGUGCAAUGCCAGCACUUGGUACUGCAGUUGCUCAGUUCCCAUUUGAAGGUGGCACGGAGGGCACAAUAGAUAUGCGGGAUGGUGAGGAACUGUUACUCAUCGAAAGGGACGAAGGCGACGGAUGGACGAGAGUGCGACGGUUUGUGACUAAUGAACUUGGAUUAUUCAGCUUUCUUUCGUUUAGCAGCGUUUUUUGA